GGUCGCCCGCCCGCCCGCAGCCAAAGAAGAGCCGCACUACUAAAGAAGAGCCUCCCGGCUUCCUCAUGGCCAAACCACACCAAGCCACGGGGCUCGAUACCACCACCACCAUUAAGAAUGGCGUCUUCCACAUCUCUCCAGCAGUUCCUGACCCCGCCGGUGCGGUCCCGGCGACUGCGGCGGGCGAGAGGUUGGGUGAGGGCGGCCGCGACGACAGAGACGGCGGGAGCGGGGGUGGAAACGGAGAGGCUGGAGGCGAGGGUGGAGGAGAAGGGUGGGGGAUACUGGGUGCUGAAGGAGAAGUAUCGGGCGGGGAUAAAUCCUCAGGAGAAGAUUAAGUUGGAGAAGGAGCCGAUGACGCUGGUGAUGCAGGACGGCAUCCGCGAGCUGGCUGUCACCCCGCUGGAGGACAUCGACAAGUCCAAGCUCUCCAAGGACGACAUCGACGUCCGGCUGAAAUGGCUCGGUCUCUUCCACCGCCGCAAGCACCAGUAUGGGCGGUUCAUGAUGCGGCUGAAGCUGCCGAACGGGGUGACGACGAGCGAGCAGACGCGGUACCUGGCGAGCGUGGUGGAAGGAUACGGCCCGGAGGGCUGCGCCGACGUGACCACCCGGCAGAACUGGCAAAUCCGCGGCGUCCAGCUCCCGGACGUCCCGGCCAUCAUGCAGGGCCUCGCCGGAGUGGGUCUCACCAGCCUCCAGAGCGGCAUGGACAACGUCCGCAACCCCGUCGGCAACCCACUCGCCGGCAUCGACCCCCACGAGAUCAUCGAUACCCGUCCCUUCACCAACCUCCUCUCCGCCUUCGUCACCGCCAACUCCCGCGGCAACCCGGCAGUCACCAACCUGCCAAGGAAAUGGAAUGUUUGUGUCGUCGGUUCUCAUGAUCUUUACGAGCAUCCUCACAUCAAUGAUCUUGCCUACAUGCCUGCCAUGAAGAAUGGAAAGAUUGGUUUCAAUCUGCUGGUGGGUGGAUUCUUUAGUCCCAAAAGAUGUGCAGAGGCAGUGCCCCUGGAUGCUUGGGUCCCAGCAGAUGAUGUGAUCCCUGCGUGCAAGGCAGUCCUCGAGGCUUACAGAGAUCUCGGCAGCAGAGGGAAUAGGCAGAAGACCCGAAUGAUGUGGCUCAUUGAUGAACUGGGGAUAGAAGUAUUCAGGUCGGAGGUCGAGAAGAGGAUGCCAAUGCAAGAGCUAGAGCGGGCUUCAGGAGGGGAUCUGGUGCAGAAGCAAUGGGAAAGGAGGGACCAUCUUGGAGUUCACCCCCAGAAGCAAGCAGGCCUCUCCUUUGUGGGUCUUCACAUCCCAGUUGGCAGGGUCCAGGCCUCCGACAUGUUCGAGCUAGCCCGGCUGGCAGAUGAGUAUGGCUCCGGUGAGCUCCGCCUUACCGUCGAGCAGAACAUCAUCAUCCCCAACAUCAAGGACUCACGAGUCGAGGCAUUGCUCGAUGAGCCACUCCUAAAGAAGUUCUCCCCGGAGCCUUCUCUUCUGAUGAAAGGAUUGGUGGCGUGCACGGGCAACCAGUUCUGUGGGCAGGCUAUCAUUGAAACAAAGGCAAGGGCUAUGAAGGUGACUGAGGAGGUGGAGAAGAGGGUGUCGGUGGAACGGACGAUCAGAAUGCAUUGGACCGGCUGCCCGAACAGCUGUGGACAAGUGCAGGUGGCAGACAUUGGCUUCAUGGGGUGCAUGACAAAGGAUGCAGAAGGGAAGGUGUGCGAGGGAGUGGAUGUAUACUUGGGUGGGAGAAUUGGGAGUGAUUCCCAUCUGGGGGACCUGUACAAGAAAGGGGUGCCCUGCAAGGACUUGGUUCCCUUGGUUGCAGACAUUCUGGUGAAGCACUUUGGGGCAGUCCCCAGAGUAAGGGAGGAAGACGAAGAAGAGCUUGGUGGAGACUAAUCUUUGCUGAUGCCAUGUGGCUUUCCCUUUAGCAAACAAAUAAUUGUAAAGGUCAAAUGUGUCUUAUCAACCCCAUUUUCGGUGGGCCUUCCUGUUAUAAAAAAAACAAUAUGUUUCAUUUAUUUUAUGCAAUACUUCUCCUCGGAAAGAUGUGGU